AGCACCACAAUAUCAAAUCAGGCAGCUGCAAUAAACAAAAAAAGCAAAAAGGCGCAGCUCGACUUCAUAGAAGCAUCUUUUGUGAACUCUGCGUGCCGUGUUGAGGGUUUCUGUACACCGCCAUGGCGCGAUUUCUGUAGAACAGUGUUGUAUGAUUUGUUUUUGAAUCUCGGUUUUGUAAGACGCCGCUGGCGACUGUUUAUAUUGUGUUUUUGUCCGGAUCUCAACAGCUCAUUUCUACCAGUUUCCCUGAGACUUGAGCUGAUCUGCUGCUGUUAAGGAUGUCGUCUCUCGGUCAAACGCAAAGAAGCGCGGUUCAGGAUCCCGGAGCAGAUAUUCACAAUCAAGAAAACAUGCUUUCACGACUACGAGGCGCAGCAAAGAACAGAAUUGAAAAUCGGGAGAAUGUCAACCCUAAACCAGGCAACAGGACCGUCCUGGGCGCGCUGGAGAACAAUCAGCGCAGACCGCCUGUACUGCGCGCCGCUAAACAGGUCUCUGGGCCCCAAAUAACUGCAUGCAAAUCUGAAGAACAUGGCAGUUUUGGAGAGAAGCCCUACACCAGGCCACCUGCUUUUCAGAUCCAUGUGGAUGAGCCUGAUGGUGCAUGCUCCAAGAAACAGUGUACCCAAAGAGCAACCAUGGCUUGCUCCCCUCUCACACUAAAUCCCACUGUGACCCGCCUAAGACAGCCCCUCGCCACUAUCGAUCUGCCAGUGGAGGCCAGUUUUGAUUCUCCAAUGGAUAUGUCAAUAAUUGAUAGUGAGGAGAGGCCCACAAAUGUCAAUGAGGUCUCGGAUUAUGCAGCAGAAAUACACGCACACUUGCGGGAGAUGGAGAUCAAGUCAAAACCAAAAGCAGGUUACAUGAAGAAACAGCCCGACAUCACAAACAGCAUGCGAGCCAUUCUGGUGGACUGGUUGGUGGAGGUGGGAGAGGAGUACAAGCUCCAGAAUGAGACCCUCUACCUGGCCGUGAACUACAUUGAUCGCUUCUUGUCUUCCAUGUCUGUCCUGAGAGGAAAACUACAGCUGGUGGGCACAGCUGCUAUGCUCUUGGCUUCGAAGUUUGAGGAGAUCUACCCCCCGGAGGUAGCAGAAUUUGUUUACAUCACUGAUGACACCUACACAAAAAAACAAGUGUUGAGAAUGGAGCAUCUGGUGCUGACGGUUCUCUCGUUUGAUCUUGCUGCUCCAACAAUCAAUCAGUUCCUCACCCAGUAUUUCUUGCACCAGCCUGUGAGCAGCAAAGUAGAGAGCUUAUCAAUGUUUCUUGGUGAGCUGAGCUUGAUCGAUUGUGACCCAUUCCUGAAGUACCUCCCAUCUCAAACUGCUGCUGCAGCUUUCAUUCUGGCCAACCACACAAUUGCAGGAGGAUCAUGGUCAAAGGCAUUUGUUGAGAUGACUGGCUACACUCUGGAGGAUCUUAUGCCGUGCAUUCAGGAUCUACAUCAGACCUACCUCGGUGCUGCUCAGCACACACAGCAGGCAGUUAGGGAGAAAUACAAGGGCUCAAAGUACCAUGAAGUCUCUCUCAUUGAGCCUCCAGAGAAGCUGAUGCUGAACUAACCAGCCCAUCAAUAUUGUUCAUUUGUUCCAUACCUCCAUGGGAAUUGUGCACACACCUUUUGAUGCUUUAUUUCCAUUACUCCAAUAACUGAAGCCAUAGCCUCAAUUUUGGGGGAAUGGUGAGAUCUUGGUGAAUUUUUAUUUUUUUCAGUCCUUCAGGAUUGAGCCCUUUUUUUGUUUUAUGCUUGAUACAGAUAUUUGUACAGUAGGUAAUCAAGCAUUGUUUUAACAUUUUCAGUGUCCAUUUUCAUGAAAAACUCCAGCAAUGCACUUUAUCCUCUUUUACACUGUUAAGUGACCCCUUUUAUAUCUUAAUAAAAGUGCUGCUGGCCUUUAA